AUGUCUAAUGAAAAGAAAAAGAGCUUAAAAACUUUCGCUUUGAGAAGCAUUCAAUGGUUUUCGAUUCAUAGGAAUUUAGCAUCAAUUUUCUACUUGGAAAGUUCAUUGAAUAGUAUUCUGUUUCAUAUAAAAAAUAAUCAGAAUGGCCACGGCAUACAAUCUAAUACAUUAUGCAGCUUACUUCUCUUUUGGGCGAGUUGCUCACGAAUUAAAGGAAAGGAAAAAAAAGAACGACCAAAAGCAUUGACAAAGAAACAAAAAGAAUGA